AAUGUGCAGCUCUGAUUCUGAAACAACUGCCUGCACCACGAUAUACAGAUGGCGUAUGUACAACAAUAUUCUGGCGACACUCCCAUGCCCUCGCCCUCAGCCUCGCCCUCGCCCUCCGUCGGUCCCACCGCCACCGCCGACGCUCUGAUGGUGGUGGCAUCGGUGAUCAUGGGCCUCCUCGCAGGUCUCCUCCUGGUCCGCAGCCUCCUCAGCCGCCUCUCUGGAGCCGCCACCACUCAUCCCACCGUCCGCUUCUUCCUCUGGGUCGUCUUCGCGCUCUUCCUCCCUCUCACGUCAUACUUGUUCUCCGCGGUGAAGAACUCGCUAGAAGAAAUCCGUCCGCUGCUUAUCCUGCUGUGGAUGCUCCUGGCCGAGCUCCUCCGCAAGAAGCUAGAAGGCGUCAGCAAGAUAAACGCCUCCCCUUUGCAGGGUAUCAACGAGCAGUCGACCUGGGAUGCCGUCGAGCAGAUCGUGCGCAUCGCGUGGCUCGGCUUCCUGAUCUACUGGUAUAAAAUAAUCGAAGUGGAAUUCGUCAUCCUCUGGGCUUUCAGCGUCAUCAAGGUUGCGCAGAGAGUCGCUGCCAUCGAGGUCGCCAAACGCUCCUUUGCCUUGGGGGAAAACCCGCACCUCAUCGCCGGUUACAUGCGCCAAUUGUCCGCAGAAGAAGCAGAAGAACAACAACAACAACAAGAAACAGCGGCAACAGGGGAAGAAGAAGAAGAAGUAGUAAAUAACGCAACGUCGGCGAUGAUGGCAUGCAAGUAUGUGAUCAUGGGAGAAGACAAGGUGAAGAGAAAGGAGGGCCCUCACGGCUACAGUCUCCAGCUCUCGGAUGCUAAGGAGAGGGAUAAGAUGGUGACCAUCGGCGACGUGUGGCGACUGGCUGCGAGCGGCGGCGACGCCCUCUUUUCCUCGGAGCGGCUGAAUCUCAAGGAUCUCUGCCUCUCCUUCGCGCUCUAUAAGCUACUACGGAGGAGGUUCGAGGAGUAUCCGUCCGCUGAGUCCGGCCGCCGCGAGUCCCUUCACUUCUUGCUGUGCAGCUUGCUCGGCGAUGAUAAGUACAUCAGUACCCGCGAUAGGAGAUUGGCAGAAGAGCACAAGGCCGAGAGGGUGUUUCGUGUGGUUGAGGACGAGCUCAGCUUCCUCAGCGACUACUACUACUCCACAAUCCGCGUCACGCUGCCGAAUCUCUGGUUCUUCCUCCUCAACUGCGUGGUCACGCUCGUCAUCCUUUUCUUCUGCUGCAUCAUGUUUAUCUCAGUCAUCGUUUGGCGCAAUAUCCUUCUCUUCGAUCAGCAAGACGACAGCACGGAAGUGCCCAACACGUACGAACUGAUCAUCACCAUCCUCCUCAUCGCCACACUCUUCUUGCUGGAGUUUGCGGAGGCCGUCACCUACGUGCUCUCCGACUGGGUCAUGGUCUCCCUGCUCUGCACCUACGCGAAGAAGCCGUCGUGGCGGCGAUCUGCGAGCGUCCGCUGGGCCUUCAGCACGCUGCGGAGGGUGAAGACCUGCUUGAAGCGUCCCGACCUCAAAUUCAACCAGCAUUCUGUCAUAGAACCUCGCGGCCGCACCCUGCGGAUCUUCUCGCAGCUUGUGCUGCGCCACCGCUUCCUAUACGUGCAGUCGAUGCUCUUGAAGCCCAUGCUGUACCGGCCCUUCCUUGGCGUGCGGUCGACGCCCGUCCCGACGGAGGUGAAGGCAGCAAUCGCAAAGUAUCUAGUAGACAGCGAAGGCCGCGGCCCCGUGCCGCGCAUCGGAGAGUCCGUGCUGCGGCGGAACGGGGCUGCGGCAGAGGAGCUGCUGCAGGCUUGCAAGAGCGACGGCGCGGCAGAGACGGUCAUCGUCUGGCACAUCGCCACCUGUCUCUACGAGAUGAAGCACCCACAGUCGCCGUGGCUGUCGCCGUCGCCGUCGCCGCCGCAGCAGCCUCAGCAGUCUGACGAGCACGACACGCAGGCGAACCAUAGGAUCGCCAAGACGCUGUCCAGGUACUGCGCGUACCUGCUGGCGCUCUCGCCGGAGCUGCUGCCCGACGACGCGGCCACGACAGCAACCGCAUACAAGGCUGCGGUGAAGGAAAUUCAGGAUGUUAUACUAAAAGGGCAUGAUCGUAAGGCGGAUGAUUUUGAGCGCGUGAUAAGGAUGAGGAAGGCGAAUGGGACGGCGGCGGAGAGGGGAGCAGAGCUCGGGCACCAGCUGGUGGAGGCGGUGGGGAACGAGCAGCUGGUGUGGAAGGUGCUGGCGGAGCUGUGGACGGAGAUCGUGGUCUACGUCGCACCGUCGGACAACGUCAAGAGCCACGCGCAAGCUCUGGCACACGGCGGUGAGUUCAUCACCCACGUCUGGGCAUUGCUUACACACGGCGGGAUUCUCCGGUGGCCCGAUCCUCCUCCUGCUGAUGAGUCUCCGGUGUAA